UAAGAUUACCCUUAUUGGCUCCCUUAUGUUAAACUCUUCUUGGGUGUUUGAGAAAACAUAGGUGACGUAGUAGCACAAAACCUCUCCUUAUCCGAUGUAUCCGUAUACAAACUGUUAAGCACUAUUUAAAUAUUCAAAUAAAAAGCGGUAGUGACCUCAUUCGUUUUUUAUGUAACAAGGUGGGUAAAGACAGAUACUUAAGCUGAGCAAUGCUCAUCAACUAUUUAACAACAAUGACCACGGCAGACUGGAACCUUGGAUUCUUACCAUUAAAACCAAGUAUGGACACCAGGGUGCUUAUUUGCCUCCUCUUCUCAGGUGUAUGCUUCACCGGCGCUGGACUCAAUAAAUACGUUUUAGUUGAAGAGGAUAAAACCUGGUAUGAGGCUCAGGAGUACUGCAGGAGCAGAAAUGGUGACCUGGCCAGUGUCACAAACAUGGAGGACCUAAACCAGCUGUCAGAUAUGACAGCAGGUGCAGAGUCAUGGAUAGGAUUGAAUGAUUUCAACAGGACGACCAUGGACUUGUACCCAAACUCGUGGAGAUGGUCCACCCAGACUCGGAGCCGGUCAGGUUAUAUGAAUUUUGUAUCUGGUGAGCCUAACUAUAGGUCAGGCAAAGAGGAAUGUGUGACGACUGGGACUGAUGGUACCUGGAAAGAUGACAAGUGUUCUGCUUUGUAUCCCUUUGUUUGUUUUUCUGGAUCAUCAAAUAAUAAAACCUACCAUCUUAUCGAGCAGACGCUGUCAUGGGAGUCAGCUAAGAGUUACUGCCGUACUAAUUACACUGACCUCGCCAUGAUAGAGAAUGAAGAAGAGAACCGAAAGGUUUUGUACAACAUCACUACCCCUGCUUGGAUUGGUCUUUACAGAGUUCCCUGGACGUUUUCUGAUGGGACCAACAGCUCCUUCAGAACCUGGUGGAGCUAUGAGCCCAAUAAUGUUAACAAUAAUCAGUUAUGUGUCGGGCUGUAUGAAGGUGGAUUUAGCGACAUGGGAUGCACAUCAACGUUCCCAUUUAUCUGCUCAGGUCGGAAAUACAGCAGAAUAAAGAUAAUGAUUGAGUCUAACUUGGACCUGACAAACCACAACACUAAGGAUAACAUCCUUCUACAACUGUCUGCAUCUCUGACCAGAGCCGGGAGGACUGACUUCAACCUGAGCUGGAGCGCUCCACCAGAAAAACUAGAUCCAGCAGGCUUGAAUGAUGACAACCAAUAAUGAAUACAUGAAUUAUGAAUAUAUGCAUGAUAUUAGUGUAGGGGAGAGUGGGGUAAGAUGAGCCAGUGGUUAAGUGGACCCACCCCCUAUAUUUAUGCACCUGUACACACAAUUGUAAUUUGACCAUCAAUUCAGGAAGCACCCAUCGUGUAUGUCUGGCUGUGGAGAGAAACCCAUGGUCAAGUUGCAAGUAUGUUUUUUUUCACAAUAAACUUUUUUUUCUUGUCAAAGUAAGUUUUUAAUAUAGCAGGUAUAAUGACUGCUAUGUCAAAGCAAUUUUAUCCAUGCGUACAAAUAUAUAUUAUGAAUGUUGGUGAUUUGCCAAGGUAUAAAGCCAUGGGAAUAAUUUAGCUAAAGAUUGGCCUGAAUUGUUAAACAAGUUUCCAAAAUUGUGGGUGUGGGACAACGUAAGCCACAUGCUGUGGGCAAAGUUGAGUCGUUCAACUUACCCCACCACAAUGCACUGAAGUUAAGUUACGUCUCUAAAGUAUAAAGCGGUAAUCUAAUGUAGUAUCACACAACUGACUUGGUUUUUCAUAUUUAAAAUGGUAGAAAUUAUGCCAAGAAAGAGAGAAAGGAGCUGGAGAGAGCAGCGCAUAUUAUGAAACAUAUUGUUGAAUAUAGGAGUUGAAGUUAAGAUAAAAGAGGAUGUUUUCUUGCUGUAUGUCAGGUGUUCAAUGUACCAGUUCCAUUUAUCGUCAUUUGUUGAACCUUUAGUAGACCUUACCUUGUUGAAUUCUUUUCUUGUUUGUGCUCAUGAUUUAAGAGUUUAUUCCUUACGUUAAAACAAGUAAUACCUUACUAUAACAACAAUGUGUUUUGAAGAUCUGAAGACAUGGCCCAUCGCAAGAUCAUCACCAACGUUAAACUUAGAGUAGUUAUAUCAAUAUAUAUUGUCUCUGUUAUAUAUAGUAUAUAUUUAAAGUAUAUGUAAUGAAGAGAAAGUUCUCUCACGGACACGACGGACAGCGAAAUAUUUGAUUUAAUCUUAAGGCAUGAUCAUGGGAAAAGUACUGGCAGCAAAAGUUACCAAGAACACAUUCGAUGAAACAAUAGGUGAACAACAUUCUUAUAGGGAACGUUUCUAUUGUGGGUAGGGAGUGGGAGUGACCUAAGGCCAAGUCAAUUUGUAAUACAAUGGGUGGAUAUUGGUCAUGUCUGCAGGUUUGUAAGACAUGUUGUGUAAAUAGUUUACACAACAAAGAAGUCAGUCGAUUGGCCUGGUCACAAAACCAGACUUACUGGCUCCAGUGGGAACUUGAAUACGAAUUAACUUAACCUCUCUCAGUUAAGAAAGGAAGGGAUUUGUUUUAAGUUACAGGGAGAAUGAAUACAGUUUAUUCUAAUGUAAUAAUUAUAUAAACAAGGUUAAUAUAAUUUGUAUGUGAUUGUAUAUUUAUAGUUAUGAUUGAUAUUUCCACGACAAUGCAUGUAAC